GGUAAUCAACUUGGACCUAGUUUACUGCUUCAACAACUCACUGCUCAGUAUCUCGGUGGUGUGAAAGUAAUAAACUUUUCAUCAUUUAUCAGGACUUGUAUUCAACAGGUUCAUACUCUCAAUUCACCAAAUCAUGGCAACCAGCAAAAGACCAAACUUCUUGAUUGCUCUGGCCGAUGACUUGGGUUUCUCCGAUAUAAAAUGCUUUGGCAGUGAGAUCAAUACCUCUCACGUUGACAAAUUGGCAAAGAAUGGUAUUCGCUUCACGGAUUUCCAUGCGGCGGCUGCCUGCUCACCCUCACGCGCCAUGAUUAUGACAGGCACCGACCACCACAUCGCUGGCUUGGGAAAUCUGAUUGAAUGGACAAACAUAUCUGGCCAGAAUGAUCCCAACGGCACCAUGUCAACGUCUGUGCAGCGUGGUAUGCCAGGAUACGAGGGAUACCUGAACGAGAGAGUGGCUGCUCUGCCCGAGCUUCUACACGAUGCCGGCUACCUGACUUUAAUGGCGGGAAAGUGGCAUCUAGGGUUGACCCCUGAACGGUCUCCCAAAGCCCGAGGUUUCGAGCGAAGCUUCGCGCAUCUGCCGGCAUGCAGCAACCACUAUGCCUAUGAGCCGCAGCUGGAAAACGUGGACAAUAUCCCCGAGUUCAUGACGAUGAGUUACAUCGCGCUGCAUAGCGAAGACGGAGCAUACGUCAAAAAGCUACCCGAGGGAUGGUACUCCUCGAAUGGCUAUGGUGACAAGAUGUUGCAGUAUCUCAAGGAGUGGAAAGAGGGGGGCGAUGACCGACCCUUCUUUGGCUAUCUUCCCUUCACGGCACCUCAUUGGCCACUGCAAGCACCCCAGGAAAAGAUUAAGAAGUACCGUGGCGUCUACGAUGAUGGCCCUGACGCUUUGCGGACCAAACGUCUACAGCGACUAAAGGAUCUGGGCAUGGUAGCUCAGGACGUGCAACCGCACCCUGUCAUAGCAGAAGAGGUCCAGGAAUGGAACGAGAUGAGUGCUGAGGAUCAGGCCAAUUCCUGUCGGGCAAUGGAGGUGUUUGCAGGCAUGGUCGAAUCCAUAGACGAAAACGUGGGUAAAGUCGUUGACUACCUCGAGGAAAUUGGCGAACUAGACAACACCUUUGUCUGCUUCCUCUCGGACAAUGGUGCCGAGGGGGCGGCAUACGAAGCAUACCCCAUCGUGCAAGGUUCCAUGAUCCAGCAUCUCAAAAAGUAUUACAACAACCACCUUGAUAACCUGGGCAAUGGGGAUUCCUUUAUUUGGUACGGCCCUCGCUGGGCUCAAGCUGCCACAGCACCGAGCCGGCUUUACAAGGCCUAUACGACCGAGGGAGGCGUUCGUGUCCCAUUCCUCAUGAAACCUCCCACCAACUUCAAUGGAAAGGUGCCAGCGAAUAGUAUAACACACCAGUUCGCAACUGUCAUGGACCUCGCCCCAACGAUCCUGGAGAUGGCAGGUGUGAAACACCCCGCACCUACGUAUCAGGGACGGGAAAUCGUCAGCAUGCGAGGCAAGUCAAUGGUGCCCUAUCUGCAAAACAAGGCCGAGACGAUCCACGAGAAAGACUUCAUCAACGGCUGGGAAACGUGCGGCCGAGCUGCGUGCCGCAAGGGUGACUGGAAGAUCGUCUUCAUCCCGAAGCCAAAGGGACCGGAGCGUUGGCAGUUGUACAAUCUCGCUAAGGAUCCGGGGGAGGUCCACGAUAUUUCCGAGCAAGAACCUGAGAGGUUGAAGGAGUUGGUCAAGCUGUGGGAUCAGUACGUAUUGGAAACCGGCGUCAUACCACUUUCUCCUGAUUUGGGCAACUGGAUGGCUGCUAUGGAGAAGCAGAUGCCCGAGAAUGCUUGGAUCGAAUACGAGUACUGGAAGGAGGGGGCACGGGAUGAUCCGGCGAGGUUUACAAAGCAGAUUCCGAGAUUCACUAGGCAGGUUAAAGCCAUCUGAGAUGGGUAUGCAUAGCUAGACGCUCGUUUACUUAGUAUUUAUCUUGGACGACGUUAGCUGAGAGUAUCAAGUGCGAAGGCAUCAGUCAAUAUCAGAAGCAAAGGGGGCUGGAAUGGCGGAACCUCCAGACACAGUGUGCAUACUUAUCCCUCGGUUUUGACUACGACCUAAAAAUCGUUAAUUGUGUUCAACAUCAAUCGCCAGAGAACUUGUUCAAUAUUGAUUGUUGAUUACUAACUCGCCCAUCUCAAGUCUCUUCACUCAUCCUUUCCCCCUUGUUUCUUCUUCUGAAGCUGACUUAUGCGACUUCUGGGAAGAACCGUCUUCGUGGGUUUGAGCUGGGUUGGUAUGUCCAUAGAAUGCCGCCUAUCCUGCAACGUCGACUGCUCUCCACC